AUGGUUUUCUUUUUCAUAUGUCUUUCAAAUAUAUUCAUUAAUGUAGAUCAUGGUAUAAUUCCUGCAGCAACUAAAUAAAUAAAAGAAGAUUUAAAAGUAGGAGAUGCAGAAUUAGGUCUAUUAGGUUCUUUUGUAUAUUUUGGAAUAAUAAGUGCAGGCUUUUUUGCAGGAGUAGCUUAAGUUUUUUUAUUAGUUUAUUUUCCUGUAUGGGUUGAUCUUUUAGGAGGAGAAAUUAAAACAUUAUGGUUAACUAUUUUAUAAAUAGGAGUACCUUUAGGAGUAUUUAUAGGGUACGCAAUAACAGCUUCUAUUUGUGAUACAUUGGGAUGGAGAUUUUCAUUCUAUAUAUAAUGUAUUUUUUGUGGAAUACCUUUAAUUUUCUUUUUAUUCUUAAAAAACGAAAAAAUGGAAAUCAAUUUAAGUUAAUUUUAGAAAACUGAAACAAAGAAUAUAAAUUAGAAACACAAAGAAUCAAAUUAAGUAAUUCAUUCUUAAAACGAAUAAAAUUCUAAUGAAGAAUAAAAAUAAUAAAAAUCUAUAACUUAUCCAUAAUAAAUAGAAAUAAUUGACAAUAAAUAACAAGAAAACUAAAUAAAUAUUUAUUAUUAUUCUUUAAGUUUUUUCUAACUUUUUAAAAAACUUUGGAAAUCAAAACUCUAUAUAAUUUCUAUGCUAACUAUUACUUUAUUAUAUUUUGUAGUAACAGUCUCUCUGACCGCUCCUACAUUAGGUGUACUUUUCGGAGGUAUUCUAACAUAAAAACUAGGUGGAUAUGAAAGCUUUAAUGCUAAAAAAAUCUCCUUAUUUUUAGCCUGUAUAUCAUCUCUAGUAGCAUGCCCUGUCCCUUUUUUUGAUAGUUUUUAUUUAGCAGCAUCUUCUAUUUGGUGUCUGUUAUUCUUUGGGGGGGCUAUGGUUCCAGGACUCACAGGAAUGAUGCUAAGUUCAGUCGAAGCAGAAUUUAGAGGAUUUGCUAAUAGUAAUUCUUAGACUUUUUAAAGUCUUUUGGGUUAUUUACCUGCACCAACUUUAUAUGGGCUAUUAAACUCUUAUGUAAGUAAUAGGGCUGGUAUGAUAAUGAUAAUUUACAAAAAAAAAUGA